AUGUGGCGUUUACAACCACAAGCAUUCCACAAGCCUUCUAAGUUCCCAGUGGCACAGACACCAUUCGUCGCCGAUACGGUCGUGAGCUUGGAGCUAGAGCGAUACCACCAUUCUCUCUGGGACAAAUAUUCGGAAACAAUAUGCACCACACUUCUUGGACGCAACUUCGCCCUAACCGGGGUUGAGACCAAAUAUCUCGACUCCAAUAGCGAUGCUAUCAUACACGAGGCAAAAGAAGAGCUUAAGGCCUUAACCAAACAAGGGUGUCGGCUCGAAGCCAAGGAAAUAGGUGGUUGGAUUCUACAAUGGAUUUAUCCGAGUGAGGACCGUCCUUUCUUUGAACGGAUCCCGCUCGAAGAAGGCAAGACAUUCAAGAAGGAAAAGGGCAUCUGCGUGACUAUCAAAGAGCCCGAGUGUGAUGCCGGCAGCAAGUUCAGCACGACACUGAAAAAGUGCGUUACCAUCGAGGGACCCAAAUGUCCUGAGCACCAGAAGUACAGUGAGGUCACCGAAAGCUGUGUACUGGCAUUGGGAGACUGCAUGGAGUUUGAAUUCUGUCCGGCGGUUGUCGGCCUGCCUGUCUCGCCAUUAAGCGGUGUUUACUAG